AAUGCGAAAAUGCUAUGCAAAAUGUCGGCGACUUUAAUCAUCCAAGUGCGGGAAUGUCGUUUAAAGUGUCGCGUGUCCAAGUGCCAGGAAUAUUGAAAGUGUUGCGCGUCCAAGAACAGGAGUGUUGUUCAAAGUGUCGCGCAUGUGAAUUAACCGACUCUGAACCGACAAUGACCCUGCAACCAAAGAAGAGGAGGAGGCCUAGGAGAAGCAUCAGGCACCGGCAAAACAACCUUGAUAUCAAUAUAGCUUCAAUAUCAUCAACUUCGCUGUUGCGCAUCGAUGGCCAAUCUACAGGGUCUCUACUUCGGCCUACGCUCGACAGAGAUCGCCGCUGUAAAAGACUAGAACAAGGAUAGAAGGCGCGUACAGUGCAAUACGUACAUCCGGGACAACAUAACCUCGUAGCGGAGACAGAUAACCCGCUAUCUACGGAUGAACCGUCAAUUCCGGUGUGCUGAG